AUGGUCCGCAUUUUCUCUGUGCUGGCGCUCGUACUGCUGGCUAUGACUCCAGCAGAGUCUGUCCGUGCCCCACAGCCUGGAAGCCAGCAGUAUCCCCUGGUCAAGGCUAAGGCUGCUGGGAGCGGUUUUCAGGGUCGAUUCGCGACUGGCGGCCCUCAUUCACAGCCUGGUGGGCAGGCUCCGGUCACAACUCCUCCCAGAAUCAGCAACAAAGCGCACUUGGUCAGAGUUGGGAAGAAACACGAUCUGACAAUUGGACUUGAACGGCCAUAUGAAGCCUUGUUCGGCCAUGCUGGCAUCAAUAAGCACAAUUAUCGCAAUUCUGUUUACAGCAGCCUGAGUGAUUUCAACUCGAGUGCCGUAGAUGUCUAG